UGGAACUAAACUUCAAAAUUUUUGAUCGUGUUGCACCGUGGAUGGUGUUCUUUUCUUGAACAGGAGAAUAAAAUAGAAAUAAACCAUUGGAUUGUGUCGAAAUCAACAAUUCUGACUCGUAAUAAGUCACUUUAACAAUCUAAUAGUUAUAUUUCGUUAUUAGAAUUUGCGAGAAACAACCUAACCAUGCCACCGAAGAAAGCGAGUGGCGGUGGCGGUGGCGCUAGUAAAAAGACGGAACAGAAGAAAAAAGAAAAGGUUAUUGAGGACAAAACAUUUGGUUUGAAAAACAAGAAAGGUGCAAAACAACAGAAAUUCAUCCAGCAAGUUGAGAAGCAGGUGAAGAGUGGCGGCAUCCACCCUGCAAAGCCGGUUGAGGACAAGAAGAAGGAGAAGGAACAGAAAAUUAAAGAACAGAAGGAGCUGGCUAUGCUCUUUAAGCCAGUGCAGACACAGAAAGUAGAAAAAGGUACUGACCCAAAAUCUGUUGUAUGUGCAUUCUUCAAGCAAGGCCAGUGUACGAAAGGAGAUAAGUGUAAAUUCUCCCAUGACCUCACUAUUGAAAGAAAGGCAGAAAAACGGUCCCUGUACGUGGACAUGCGAGAUGAUGAAGACAACAUGGACAACUGGGACGAGGACAAGCUCAAGGAGGUGGUGGAGAAGAAGCACGGAGAAGGAAACAAGCAGCGCCCCACUACAGAUAUUAUAUGCAAACAUUUCCUGGAAGCCGUCGAAAAAUCGAAAUACGGUUGGUUCUGGGAGUGUCCAUCCGGUACGAAAUGUAUAUACAGGCAUGCGUUACCGCCUGGCUUCGUGCUCAAACGUGAUAAGAAGAAAAUGGACGAGAAAAAGAACGAGAUAUCGCUGGUGGACCUGAUUGAGAGAGAGAGAGCCGCUCUCGGACCAAACCAGACCAAGAUCACACUUGAAACGUUCCUCGCGUGGAAGAAGAAGAAAAUCAAGGAGAAAUUCGAAGCCCAAACGGCGGCUGAGGAGCAGAAGCGCAGCGAUUUCCGCGCCGGUCGCGCCGUGGGUCUCUCCGGACGAGAGAUGUUCUCGUUCGACCCGGCACUGGCGGCGGACGCGGACGACGACGGCGACGAGGCGGUCGACCUGCGAGACUACGGACACGAGGACGACGAGGCAUACCGGGAGUUGGAGCUGGACCUUAUUGGCAUGGAGGCGUCGGAGGUGGACGAUUCUGGCACAAAAGCAGCAACAGACCGACUGCAAAGGCUCGGUGAAGGUCUGGAGAAUGGCGAGAAGGAGGAAGAGGAGUCCCAGUCCCAGGAGCCGGCGGCGGUGCCCAUCAACGAGAACCUGUUCCUUGACGAGGAUCUGGACGAGGAACUCCAGAACCUGGACCUUGAAGAUUAGGAUCGGUUACGUGCACGACCGGACGUUAUAUGUGAAUUUAAGUCGUAUUCGUGCGAUUUUUGUACGAAUGGCGUGCGUUUAAUGUAUCAUGUUUUCUUAUGUAUUUGAGUUAUCAUGGAUUUAGCCUGGACGGAACAGUGAAAUAUUUGUUUAACGGUCAUUAAAUGCGUUGAGUGUAAGCUCAAAUCGUACGACAAGAAUACGUAUGACUUAUAUUUGUAUAUAAAUUUCAUCCGGUCUUAAAAUACCGUUGAAUGUAAGAACAUUUUAGUGUUGCCAAUUAGAAUACGUGUGUGUAUGGCGCUGAGUACGUAUGUUUUUUUAAACAUAAUUGAAAGAACAUACACGGGUUUAGGCGGCUAAAAGUCUGAUAAGAUAAAAAAAAAAUAGAAAAAUGAAAAGAUU